GCCGAUCACCCUCCACACAUUCUCAAUGUACGAUGUCCUUUGAACCAAUUCCUCAUCAAAAUGCAACUUUACGGUCCAAUCACAAGUUAAUCUCUAGUCAAUCACCAUCUGACUUAUAUCCUUCAUUUGAUUUCAGAUCGACCAAUACAAUUUCAAACACACAUCUCAGCUUAAGCGAAUCUAUCAUCUUACAUUUUGGCUUCAUCAAACAAGGCAUCUCGGAUGCUAGGCAGUGGAAAACGAUCCUAGAUGUCUUGGGUACGAACAAACAAUUGCGAUCAAAUUUAAUUCAGAAUGUCACACUGCAAGCUGUUUUAUUAACAAGUGUUAUCUCUUUCGAACUCUUUCCUCGUAUUAUUCAUGCCGACAUUUCACAUUUACGUUUUUACUUCGACAUCUUUUGGCUUUACCCGAUCUCUCUUUCCUCGACCAUCUUGAACGGUUUCCUAAGCGUUCGAGUAUCAAGAACACUUCUCACUACCUCGUCCCAUUCAAGACGACUGUCUAAAUUUCUUACAUCGCCAAAUGUAGAAGCAUAUAAAGGAUUAACGCAUAGUAUCAUAUCAGAGUCGUAUCGUGGCUUGGUUCUUUUGAAUUACUUUGCUUUCUCACAUUUAUUAGCCAGAGUUCCUUAUGUUGGAACUCUGCUGAGUUUUGCUUAUUGCACAAUUGCAAAUUCCUACUACUGUUUCGAAAGAUCAUGGACAGAAGGAGGCCAGUCCUUUGCAGAACGAGUCAAAAAUAUCGAAGAAAGAUGGACGUAUCAUGCUGGAUUUGGUUUCGCCAUCACAAUGCUUUCAUUUUGGCAUCAAAAUAUUUUAGUCAAUCUAUCUUUGUUCACCCUGUUCUUCCCUUCUUUACUAAUACUCGCAUCAGCAUCAACAACCCAUCCGUUACCUUGGUCACCAAGCUAUCCAUUAGCCUUGAAUUCUAAUACUCGUGAUCGAACACCUCAAAGUCAAUCUAAGAUCUCACCAGCUUUCCCAGUACGGUUGCCAAUCUUUGUGCUCUCAGUGAAGAUACACGAAAUUAUCAACCGAAUACUCCGACCUUCAAGUAAUCACCAUUUCCAAAAUGACAAACACUCAACAGCCUCUCGUCUCAAUGAAAUGGAAGGUGGCGCAAGCCCUGACUUGAGCAAUGCCCCCUUCAAUGCGGCGUCCUGGCAAAGUCAAUCAGUACCUUUUGAUGGUGCCUUGAGUCAUCGCCAUCCUAACAUCUCGGCCAACUCAAACUAUCACACGUCUGGUUCGAGACUCAACACAUCUAUCUCCGGGCAGGAAAACCUACACCCAAUGAAUAACGUCGAAUCAGAAGACACUAAUUCCAGAGGAACUGUCAAUGCUGAUUUGAGUCAUAGUCCAAAGAAAAGCAAGGCAGACUAAACAAGAUGAUAGUUGGUCUUUGUUUUUUGUCUUUCUAAAUAGAGCAUUUUUAUUACCACUCAAUCACGGCAUACAUUUUUGAAUCAACAUUUAGAAAGCACAAUUUUUCAACAUUUUUCUUUCUCUUCAUUUGCAUCCUUCAACAUUGCAACUACAAGAAAUCUUACUAUCAACAUCCGAGUAAACAAUCCUAUCUUAGCAUUUGACUUGUUUUAUCUUGUACUUUGAACUUCUUAUGAUGAACAAUUUAAGAGUUGCAUGAUGGGAUCUAGAUGAUGCCAUAUAAAUCAAUUUGCAAUGCUU